UUGGUUGGGUGUUUAGAAAAAACACCGUUUGGGUGUAAGAAAUGUGAUAAUGGGUAUUACAUUGACUCCAAUGUCCCUCGUUGCAAAACGUGUAUAAACAACUGCUCUUUAUGUUUAAACCAAUACACAUGCAACGAAUGUCAAAACGAGAAUGUGUACAUCAACUCGAAUUGUGUUCAUUUUUCUCAAAUCGAGUUUUGUAUUGAAGCGAAAAGAGGGUUGUGUUCAAUGUGUGUCGAAGGCAAGAAAUUAAGUGAUGAUGGUCUUUCUUGUACAAACAAAGUGAAUUUGGGAUUGGCCAUUGGUCUUCCGGUUGUUUUUGUGAUAAUAAUAGUCACUUUAAUAGCGUUGUCAAUUGUUGGGAUAUACUUAUUGUUUUUACACAACAAAAAGGAGAAGAAAAUGUUGAAUGUUUGCGUGUUCAAAAUAAACCGUUCAAAUAUCAUGUUUUAUAAAGUGAAUGACUGGCUUGUAGUCAACAAAGAAAAAAUGUUAUUUAUUGACGAAAGCAGUGCUAACAAUGAAAUCCCGGUCAACAAAGAAACUCGUGAAUUGUUAUGUGUUGGGAACAAAUCUAAAAAUCCAAUGAAAAUACAAUUUAGUGUGAUAAAAGAGUGUGAUCAUUACACAAUACGCACAGAACCCGCUUUGGUGAAUUUGAAGAGUGGGGAAGCCUGUGAAUUUGAAAUAUUUAUAAAGCCGCUAUGUUCUUGUAACAUCGAGGAGAAGAUUGUUUGUGUUGGUCUUGAUAUCAAGAAAGGUGUUGAAAUCACAGAAAAUAUCACCAUCAACGCGAAGACACAAAUGACAACACGACUUGAUUACCACGAAUUAAAAGAAGAGAAGAAGCUUGGAGAAGGUUCAUUUGGGAUAGUUUAUUUGGGUGAGUUCAGAGGACACAAAGUUGCGAUUAAGAAAUUGAGAGAAGGGUGUGAUGACGAAGCAAAAGUUCAUGAAUUUGAAAAGGAGGUUUCAAUGUUGGACAAAUUCAGGUGUGAGUAUUUAGUUCACUUCUAUGGCGCCGUAUUCGUUCCAAACAGAAUCUGUAUGGUCACAGAAUUCGCUGAAUAUGGCAGUUUAAAUGACUUGAUGAAGAAGAAAAGAGAACAAUCGCCUUGCAUGGCAGUCAAGGUGAAAUUCAUGUUAGACAUGGCAAGAGGCAUUUCUUAUUUACACAACAAUGGCAUAAUCCACAGAGACAUCAAGCCAGACAAUUUAUUGGUUUUCUCAUUGGAUUUGGGAGCAACAGUUAAUGCCAAA